GCGCCUAGCCGGCGAGGCAGCUCGAGGAGUCUCAGGGGGUGGGCUCGAGCCCAGGAGGCGUGGCAGUAGCUCCAAUAAAAUCUGUGGCCAGGGUAGAGAUAAAUUCCAAGCCCGCCUCCCACCCUGGGCUGUCCUUUACUCAACCAGCGCUUACUUGGCGCAGCCGAGGGGAUGUGGCGUGAGUGGUCGGCGUCCGUAAAGACACGUUGAGCACGAUGACGCAAUUCAUAACAAUGAGCGUGGCAACCACCAUGACGAAAAUAAGAUACCUGAGAUACCCGGGAGGCAUGAUGUCACAGCAUCCCACUAAACAGGAGAGGCUGUUGGCUGUCUUUCUACUUCACAAACAACUCCACGCAAGUGGAGGAGUUACUUCACUGAGGUACCCCUCCACGACGCCAGUAUUGUCCCCGCCCUUCUGCACCUACCAUCUGUUGCAGCCAUGAAGGGGACUCCCAGCAACUUGGACACCCUGCUGUGGGUCUACCAUUUCCACAGCUCCACCGAGGUGGCCCUACAGCCUCCGCUUCUAUCUUCCCUGGAACUUGCUGUGGCCGCAGCUCACGAAUAUCUGGUGCAAAGGUUCAGAGAACUUAAGUCCCAGGAGUCCCUGGAAUCGGAUAAGCCGGAUAAGCCGCCAGCCCAGAAGGCCACCUUAGGGCUGGUGCUAAAGGAAGCUGCGACCAGCAUCGUGAGCUUUGGCGCCACCUUGUUAGAGAUCUCCGCCCUGUGGCUACAGCAGGAGGUGCAGCUACUGGACGCAGGGGCAGGGGGGCCAGGCCUGGACACUGGGAAUCCAGGGAGGGCGCUGGCCCGUGUAGCCCGGGCUGCAGGGCAGGGGAUUCGGCAAGCUGGAGCAGCAGCUGGUGCAAGUGUCCGGUAUCUGAUCCAGGGGGCGUGGCUGUGCCUGAGCGGACGUGGUUUGCAGGGGUCCACCUCAUCCCUGCAACAAACCCUAUGCCAGCUGGGCCUUGGGGUCCCCGGGAAUCCGGUGCGUUCGGAAUAAGGGGUGUGGCACGAGUCAGAGGAGGUGGGAUUGAGGAUAUACUGAGCCUUACUGACCUCUCCACAGAGAUACUCGGGAGACCUCAAGGUGGCAUCCAGCAGCAGUGAGGAGAACGGGGGACCAGAUAAUCCAACAUUGUCCCAGCCCCACCCUGUGUCCAAAUAAAAACCCAGAACGGGACAACUGCAAGUCCCCUAGACCAGCCUUCUUUGGAUCUGCCCUCCAUGCUGGUACCCCAUCUCUGUGGGAUUACCUGCCCAGCAGUGGCACGCUUAGAGACGUCUCUGGAAUUUUCUGGGCAAUUAGGAACAAGAAGACAGUCUGGGCUAGCAGGACAUUGAUUGAGACCGUGCAUUUCUGGCCACCGGCUAGAGGGAACAUACUGUGAGAGGCAUCCCAAGGAGCGAGGCCAACCUGGGGUUUAGGAGACAGGGGUCACCCCCUUACCCUGCGCAGGCAGGAAGUAAGCGAGCAGCACUAAGCCGGAAAUGAGCACACACGGUA